UAAGCAGAAGUACUAAGAAGAAGACAGGGGUGUAGAGAUUUCGAGAUUUACUUUAGAUCGUUGCUUUGGAUAUUUCCUUCCCCUUUUGAGCUGUACCCGACGUCAAGGCAUCGUUUGCUCGACAGAGACAGAGUUGGUGCACAGCACUUUAUCAAUCAGUCAGCUAAUUCUACAAGCUAACGGAGUCAGCGUUUGCUGGCUAAUAUUAGCCAUCAACUUCAUCAAGGAAGGAGAAGAAACUUGGAAUAUCAAUCCGGGAUUGACAAUCCCCCAGUUGACCAAUGAACUUGCCAACUAGCUAGGUAACACCACAGCCUAGAGGUGACCGGUUUAAUGAUGAGAGACAAGUCACAUUUGGCCGCAGGACCUGCUAAACGUUCGAUGACACUAUGGUGUGUAAUGUCAGUGGGUAGUGUUUGAUGCAGGAUGCAUCAGAUACCUUUUGUUAGCCUGGACAGAGACAGGCCCCUCAUCCGGUUACAGUUCACCCACUUUGCUGUAGCCACGGUGUCCCUGCCACUCAUUGGCUUCAUCGGAUGUGUCGUCACCUCACUCCUCUACAACUUCAAUGAGGCCACCUACACUCACUGCCAGGUGCCCAACUACCUCCCAUCCAUCAGUGCGGCCAUCAACUUAACACCAGAACGCUAUGUGUGGAGGUUCUGUAUCGGCUUACACUCAGCACCGCGAGUCUUGAUGGCGUUCGCCUACUUCUUCUUCUACAAGGGAAAGUUUUUGAGACUCCCAGAGCGGCUUCUCAGCGGCCUGACACUGCUGGCCUCGCUCAGUGAGAACGUAGGCCUGCUGGUGCUCACCUAUGUGUCCUCGACGGAGAACUACACAGUGCACAAAAAGAGCUUUAUUGCCUUCAUUGCGGGCUCCAUCAUCUACAUGAUCUGCACGUGCAGGCUGUGGCAGGUGAUCAAGAGGCAGGCAGGCUUCGAGGAGAGGAAGUCCUUCCGAUACAAGUGGCGCAUCUUCCUCUUCAACAUCUCCUUCUUGCUCGGUGCCGGCUACUUCUUCUGGCGCCAUAACAAGUACUGUGAGCCGGGCAUCUACACCCUGUUUGCUCUCUGCGAGUACCUGGUGGUCCUCUCCAACAUGGCAUUCCACAUGACCGCAUACUUGGACUUUGGGAACAAGGAAGUGAUGAUUGCCACACCUCCAGAGAGCAAACACUUCUGAUCGGUUGUGGACUGAAAGCUGAAAUAUAAGGUCAAAGGUUAACUUGCUAGAGGGUCUAAUAGCAUAGCAAUAGCAUAUGCCUCAUCCUCUCUACCUACCCUACCUACACUACAUUUUGUGCUAGGCUAUUUGAUGCUACACCGGUGUGACUACUGUGUCCAAUUUGUGUCAACAUGAUGUGUGCUGUGUGCAAAGUGACAUGCUAGCUAUAUAAAUAUAUUAUAUACUUAUAUAAUAUUUUUCAAUUUGUGUAUUCAGUGGAAUGUGUCCUAAAGUUUACUCAGAUGCUGGUAGAAGUGGUAUCAUGUUGUCAUUUGAUGCAGAGGACUCCUGUCUGUGAUAAAAUGCCUUGCUUUUGUAGGACUGGAUGUUGUACCCAUAAACUGAUAUGUGAAAUGAAAGGAUGAUGAUGUCGAUGAUGAAGAAGGUGACAAUGAUGAAGAUUAUGAUGGUGGUGUGACCUACUAGAAGCUGUCCUGAACCAAAGGUUGAUAUUUCAUAUCCUCUGACAAGACAUGGUAUUGAAAAUACCAUAGCACAAUGUAUUGAUCUUUCUUAAAAUCAAGAUGAUUUUAAUUAGUUUGAUCCUAUGUACACCUGUAUAUUGUGUUUUUGUGCUUAAUGUGUACUGUAACUCAGGUAACUGUCAUUUCAAAUUGUAUUUGAAUUUUGUAGCUAAUUUGUACUGACGUAGUCUUUAUUUCUUGAUCGUAAAACAGCUUUGGUGACAAGUUUUCAAAUUAUUGGAUUGAGCUGAAUAAAUGUCUAUUGCCAUUGUCAA